GCCGGGGUGCCCGGCGUGGGGCCUGGUCCGCACGCGGUGGGGCCCCACAGUCCCACGGCCGCGGAGGGAAGGCGCUAGCUCCCGAGCACCGCCCGCCCCCCGCCGCCAUUUUGCACCCGGAGCGUGCCGCGGCGGGCGGGGUGGGGCGUCCGAGGGCGGCGUGCCGAGCGGGCAGCGCUGAGAUGCAACUGUCGGGCCUGGCCGCGGUGGGGAAGCCCUGGCCGGCAGACGGGGGCCGUGAGACGCCCCGGCCUCCCCGCUUCCGCGCCUCGAGAGAGCGGCUGGCUGGUGCCCCCGCGCCCCGGCGUCCUCACAGUGUGACAACCCCACGCUGGGUCAGAGCUAAGAAGUAUUCAGAAGGCAAGUCAUGGAUCCACCUGCUCGGAAAGAAAAAUCCAAAGUUAAAGAACCUGUCAGCAGAGCUGAGAAGGCCAAGCAGAAAUCAGCCCAGCAGGAGCUGAAGCAGAGACAAAGAGCAGAGAUCUAUGCCCUCAACAGAGUCAUGACCGAGCUGGAGCAGCAACAGUUUGAUGAGUUCUGUAAGCAGAUGCAGCCUCCCGGAGAGUGAGCCGCCCAGGUGCAAACUAGAUGGGACCCGGGGCUUUGUGAGCUUGUUACCAGGUUUAAGCUGAGAUGGCUCAUUUAGAGCCUUACAGAAUUAGACAAGAGGACAUGUGCAUUAUUCCUAAAACUGGAUAAAUCUGAACUUCUUGUACGUACUUCGGCUUCAUUGGUUCCUCCAAUCUGAAUUGGCCCAGUGCUUGCUGAAGAGACUUGUUUUAUUCUGUUUUAAAAUGAUAGAUCAAAACUUGUUUUAAGACAGUAGAUUUUUUUAACCUUUUUCUAUUGUUUGAGAAAAUGUCAGUGUUUCUGGUGAAACUGUAAAUCUCCAAAAACACAAAUAAAAUACUAAAUAAAAUCUU